GUAUAACCUUCAACCUGCUCCUAAUGCUGUCAAAGUUCAACCACACCACGUGAACGUUGGAACCAGUGCUCUGAGUUCAAAAAUACCUACAAUUAUUGAAACUUAAAUAUAAAGCAGCCGAGGUGAUUUUUGCAUUUUUUUAAAAAUGAAUCCAAAUAAAUGGCGGAUUGGGUUGAAGCAGUGGUAGUAGAUGUGGUCUCGAAGAUAUCAUGAUUUCAAUUGUUUGGCGUCCAAUCUAAUAAUGGACUGUGCUAUUAUUAAAUUGGCACGAUGUUGUGAUCAAACUCGCAGUACGAUUUUUUAAAAAAAAUAUAUAAUUUGUUAUUUUAUUUGAUGAAUCAUCGGGUUGUGCAGUUGUUCAGAAACUUUAUUUUUAAAUGUAAUCCACAAAACAAUAAAGACAAGUCAGGGGUCUAGGAUCCACAACCACAAUUGUCAUGGCUACUAAUAUAACGAGACUAUUUCAGUUCAAAUCAAUGACCAUUGCAGCAGGACGAAUGUCUGUUUAGUUUGUUUUGCUACCUAAUGCAUUUCUGCUAGUGCUUCUUGGACAUGCGCGUCCCAGUAGUACAUGUAUUUUCGGAGCCUAAAAAAUACAAUAACUUAAUGGGCGGGGCUUAAGCAAUGCGGAUGACGAAUUAGGGCACGGCGCGCAGUAUCCAGGAAGUCAAGCUUUUGAGCGAGCAAAAAAACUAAAGUAAAAAAAAAAAGAAAGUGUUUCAGUUUUCGCUGCUUAACUGAGCCAGGCACACAUCGGGAACAUGCAGUGGAAAGAAGACAAACAAUGCUGCCAUCAUGGACAUGGGCACGGACAUGGGCACGGAGACAGGCACGGGAAUGGACAUGGGCUUAGACAGGGAUUCCUUGGACAUCCUGGACAAAUGGAUCAACUUACAAAUGACCCCACACAACAACCCAAAAGCCUUUCGUUCAUAGAUGACCAAAGCAACUGGGACAUUAUAAAAGCUACACAGUAUGGGGCCCUGGAAAGGUGUAAGGAGCUUGUGGAAGCUGGUUAUGAUGUCCGACAUCCAGACAAAGAAAAUGUUUCUCUCCUUCACUGGGCAGCUAUCAACAACAGAGUGGACCUGGUCAAGUAUUACAUUUCCAAAGGUGCAAUAAUAGACCAGCUGGGUGGAGAUUUAAAUUCAACUCCUCUUCACUGGGCUGUAAGGCAGGGUCAUUUAUCCACAGUGGUCGUGCUGUUGAAAUACAGAGCAGACCUUGCACUGGUAGAUGGAGAAGGGUUUAGCAGUAUUCACCUGGCAGUCCUGUUCCAGCACAUGCCCAUUAUAGCUUAUCUUCUUGCAAAAGGGCAGGAUGUAGAUAUGCCAGAUAUAAAUGGACAGACACCUUUGAUGUUAGCAGCUCAGAAAAUCGUUGGACCUGAGCCUGCUCACUUUCUCCUUAAGUUUAAUGCUUCGGUCAGUGCCGUGGACAAGGUACACAAAAACACCCCUCUGCACUGGGCAGUGAUGUCAGGCAAUGGCAAUGCAGCUCAUUUUCUAUUGGAAGCAGGAGCUGAUGUGGAUGCCCAGAAUGCAAAGGGAGAGACUCCUCUUGAUCUUGCUCAUCAGGUUAGGAACCCUGCACUGAUUCACAUGCUAACACAAGUGAAACAUGAGAGAAGCAACGCCAACAUGAUGUUUUUCAGGAGAUUGCAAAGAUACAAGUUCCAUUUGGUCUUGCUGUUUUGCAUUUGUGUGCUGUGGGGAAUAGGAUUCAUAGCUGACAUGAAUUCAGAAUCUUGGUUACUUAAAGGAACUCUCUUUGCCUGUAUGUAUGCGGUAAUCCAUCUUGUUACAAGGCGCUUCAUGGGAUCUCAGGUCCAGUCCUUCUUGCCUGCAGCUCUUCUUCUGGCCUCGCUGUUCUGGAUGUUUGUGACUUGGUUCGUUUUGUUCCUGCAAGAUCUGUCUGAGCCAAUUUUCCAGAUCCCCUUUACCGUCAAUCUUACAGGACUCCUGUAUUUCUAUUACAAAAGCUGGAGAACAGACCCUGGGUACAUCCGAGCCACAGAAGAAGAUAAGAAAGAGAACGUUAUCACUCUUGCAGAGGCAGGCUGCCUAGAACUGGGUAUCUUUUGCAGCUCAUGUCUUGUGCACAAGCCUAUGAGAUCAAAGCAUUGUUUUGCAUGUGACAGCUGUGUGGCACGACAUGACCAUCACUCUCUGUGGAUUAAUGGCUGUAUAGGUGCUGGAAAUCAUCGCUAUUUUUUCGGAUUUGUGUUUUUCCUCUCGCUUGUUGGAGGGUGGAUGUUCUAUGGGACCAUUGCGUAUUGGUCAUCUCACUGCCCUACUAACUAUCAGGAGGAUGGCGUGUGGGGAUUUGUGUCUCAGAUCGUUUGCUGUUCUCCCUGGGUGAUGCUUGUAUUCGUUGUAGUUUUCAUCCAUACCUCAUGGUCUUCUCUCCUGCUAUUGACACAGCUGUAUCACAUUGCUUUCUUGGGUUUGACUGUAACUGAAAGAUUAAAUCUUUUGAAGCGUUUAAAAAGGUCCAGGCAUGCAAUUUCAAUAAGGCAAAACCCAUACAAUUUGGGUUGUUUCAAGAACAUUGUGAAUUUCUUCCAGUUGAGGUGCUUUGGCCUGUUUAAACCAAACAUCGUCGAUUGGACUCAGCAGUACAGUGUAUCUGUUCACUCGCAACAGUCAGUGCCUGGUGACUUGCAGGCAGUGUAAAAGGUUUAUUGGUUUGGUAAAUGAUUGUAAAUUCUAGACAUUACAGCUAUCAAAAUUGCAUUGCAUAUAUAUAUAUAUAUAUAUAUAUUUUUUUUUUAUGUUGUCAGUUGUUAUAUGUUCUCUUGCGAUGAUUUAAGACUAACGAGAAUGAUUCCCUGAAUAUGUUUCCUGCUUUUGUAUGAUUAGUGAAAAUAAGAUUGAACAUGCUCUUGAUCACUAAUGUCUAAGGUUAAAGAAGUCUGCAAUAGCUCACCUGGUAAAAGCACAGCCGCACGGUGUACAGGGCGAGUCAUACAGCGCAGGUUCGCGUCCUGGCUGUGUGGAGUUGCCGGUCUUCACUGGGGAUUUUGAAGGGGACAUCGCAUUGGAACUGGCACUCCCGUGGUUAAUGGAGGCAAAACCGGCAGGCUGCUUCUCCUUAUUGCGCUACAGUGAACCCUGCUAGCAGGAGCCCAGUGAAGGGAAACAAUUAUUGGACUUUCUAAAUUGGGGAGAAAUAAUUGGGCACAAUAAAAAUAAAAAAACAGAUUGCAAUAAAAACAAGAUUUUAUAAAACAUACACAAGUCAUCAUUGGUUUGGAACCCCCUGUGUCCCAGUACUUUUACCUUACCUUUAUUGAGGCGUAUAGUGCAGUCUGUACAAUAUUCUUUGCAAUAUAGAUAUGCCUAUGGUUUGUGCUGUUAGAAUCUGUUUGGAUAACUUUUGACGUUAAAUAUUUUGCCUGUUCAAUGUGAACUGUUUUCUGUACAUUUUAUAUUUUACUAAAUUUUUGAAAAAAUUAAGACAUUAAAACCUUCUAAUGGUUCCAUGUU